AUGCCGUCAGUUGGCUUAGUGUGGUGGCAUUUCUGUGUCCUCCUCCCUUCUCAGGACUCCCGGAGAGUUCCCAUUGGUUGGGGAAGAUCGGUAGGAGAAAAGGUUCCUAAUAGUAAGACAAUAGAGGCCACCAAAAUAGCUAUAGAAGCUGGUUUCCGCCAUAUUGAUUGUGCUUAUGUAUAUCAAGUAGAAGAGGAGGUAGGACUGGCCAUUAGAAGCAAGAUUGCAGAUGGCACUGUGAAGAGAGAAGACAUAUUCUAUACUUCAAAGCUAUGGUCCACUUUUCAUCAUCCCAAUCUGGUCCAAUCUUGUUUGGAACGAUCACUGAAAAAACUUUGUUUUGACUAUGUUGACCUCUACCUUAUUCAUUUCCCAACAGCAAUGAAGCCAGGGGAAGAGCUUUAUCCAAAAGAUGAAAAUGGAAAAGUAAUAUGUGACUCACUGGAUSUCUGUGCCACAUGGGAGGCCAUGGAGAAGUGCAAGGACGCAGGAUUGGCCAAGUCCAUCGGGGUGUCCAACUUUAACCGCAGGCAGCUGGAGAUGAUCCUGAAUAAACCGGGCCUCAAGUAUAAGCCUGUCUGCAACCAGGUAGAAUGUCAUGUUUAUCAUAACCAGAGGAAACUGCUGGACUUCUGCAAAUCCAAAGACAUUGUUCUGGUUGCCUAUGGUGCUCUGGGAACUCAACGAUACAAAGGAUGGGUUGACCAGAACUCCCCAGUUCUCUUGGAUGAUCCAGUUCUUGGUGCCUUGGCAAAAAAGCACAAGCGAUCCCCAGCCCUGAUUGCCCUCCGCUACCAGCUGCAGCGUGGGGUUGUAGUUCUGGUCAAGAGUCUCAACGAGAAGAGGAUCAAAGAGAACAUUCAGGUUUUUGAUUUCGAGUUGACUGCAGAAGACAUGAAAGACCUAGAUGGCCUGAACAGAAAUUUUCGCUAUGUUAUCAUGGAAUCUAUGUCCAACCACCCAAAUUAUCCAUUUGCUGAUGAAUAUUAA